GAUCCGUAAAACCAGUUACUGUCACCUGUACAAUAUGUCAUCAUCACGUGACACGGAUUGUUCAGCGUUUCCCGAUAGAGGAUAAUGGCCUAUUCAUUGCUGUCUAACCCAUGUUUUUAACAGGUCCCCGUUCGCCAUACAUCUCGAACAAUGGAUGUCGGACACUGUGUGGCGUUAUGGGUGUUCAUGGGGGCGUUAUUAAUGACGUCACUUGAAGGACACAACUACGGUGCACCAAGGGGGGCGUGUGUUGACAUGGUUCCUCAGCACAACAGCCGACCCCGUGACCCCCCAGCACCCAUCGACAUCACCCUGUCCAAUACAACCUACACCCCAGGUGUACCUAUAACAGUCACGCUCUCUGCCAACAGUGGUAAGUUCUUCAAGGGAUUCCUGAUACAAGCCAGAGUGACUGACCACGGGCCCAAUCGAGGAGACGCGGUCGGGACAUUCACCCCAAUAGACGGAACUAAACAGACCUGCGAUUUCGGGGUUGCACUUACCCACUCGGAUGCGAGGGAGAAGACGAGGCUGGUGUUGCAGUGGAAUCCUCCUUCCACGUUAAAGGGCAACAUCCAAUUCAGCACAACUAUUGUGGAGAGACAGUACUCCUACUGGGUAGCGCUACCUUCUGAUACCCUUGCCGAGGGACAGACAACUACGUCGUCCUCCACCACCACCACCACCACUACCCAGGCGACAUCUUCAUCCGUGUCUACAGCUACCACGUCAAUGUCAGUAAGCGUGGAAUCUCAAAAGCCGGACACAGUAAACCCGUCACAGCCAGCAACUGAGGCAGGAACACCCACAACUACCCCGUCAUCAUCAUCACCCUCACCCAGUGCUGCAGCGCGGAGACAGCCAGGAACGAUGACGUCACAAGUCCCGUGUGUCCUGGUGGGACUGAUUCUGUUGUGGUGACCUAUGGGUGUUUGAGGACUAUGGUGCUAGUUAUGUGUGAUAUUACUAGUGGAUGAGUGGCUGGGGUUGUCUAUCACUCAUUGCAAUCUUUAUCUAUCUAUACAAUAGUGGAAUAUUUACCACCGCAUCCAACAGUCUGCAUUUAAUGUUUGACCGACACCAUUUUCUAAAUUAUUGGAUUCUAGUCAACGCCACUUAAACAAAGAACAUUAUGACCUUGUGAAGCAGAUAGUUACAACCACCAUCAGCAGAUCCACUGUCGGAUUCACGGGUGCUUACAACACUAUUUCAGAGUAUACUCAAGUUUCAUAAAAAUGAGGUGCUGCAAUACUAAAGCUAAAUCUUUUUGUGUUAUGGUCGUGUUGCUUCGUGAUUUAUUAGCAUGAACCCAUCUCUUGCUGGUUAACUUGCAAAUGACGAUUCCAAACUUCUAAUCCCUUCCUCUCCUAAACAGAGAUAUAUGUACUUGCAUGCGGUAGGGAACAGUGCCGUGGGUAACUAAAUAUGGUAUGAACUUUGGUGAACACUCUACAUUUGAGUCGCGACCAGAAACCUAAGCACAUGCCCUGGCUAACUACGGCAAAAUGUAGCUGCUUGAUGGAGCCGCACAAAAUAUGUUAACGUUAACUCAUUUCACUUUCACAAACUGUUUGUAUAAAACCAAUCUGAACUG